AUGUCUGUGCAUAUCGGCGGCUUCCUCCUCACACCCGAAUCUCUGCGGCUUUUGUGCGUCUCAGCCUACGGCAUACAGGACCACCAAAUUGACCCAGGCGACGAGUUCCACUGGGCUAUUCUGCACUUUAUCGAUAACGACAUUCUUGAAUGUCCCAACCUCGUAACUUAUCACGGUGUCGACGAGAAUGGCGUCCGCACGCAUAAGUAUGUUCUUGUGUGCCGUCUGGCCUUCGUGGAAGACGGACUGGAUGUGCCGGAUCUGUCUCUCGAUAAGACCGUCAUGGCGUAUGUGAACCACUGGUUUCCUCCGUGGGUACGCGCUCUCGAUGUUUUCAAAAAUGCCAAAUACGUCCAGUACCUUUAUGCUACUGGCAUGGUCCCGGUCGCCAUCAUACGCAGGAAAAUCGAGCAGUACUUCUCAGGUGCUGACUUGAAGGGGCGCCCGUGCGCGUCGCUGUGGCUUCAAGAGGAAGAGAGUGAAGGGAGGUUCCAUUCCUAUGUGCCGCCGCCAAUACCAACUUCGUACGUCGUUCCCGACGAUGAUAAUGACGACGACGACGAGCCGGAGGACGAGAUAGAUUCCAAGCGUAAAUCGCUCUGGGCAAGCGUCUAG